AUGGACAUCCCAGACACCCCCGAUGACCGUCCUCACAAGACUGGAUCGACGAGGUCUUACUCGCCAACUAUUGUCCUUGACGAGGCGGCACUGGAUGCCGAGAUGCAUUCAAAGGGCCUCAGUCAAGACCUCGACAACGAGCUGCAUGGCGUAGACCAGAGUAUUAUCGACCACGUUCGACAGCUCAACAUCAAUAGUGACGAGCAUCCUCGCAGCGAGCUGUGUACCAAGCUCUCCAACAAGGCGCUACGCCGCAACUUUUAUGUCAACGAACUCCCUCUCCUCCAAGCCACGAACCCGUACGACGGCUCUGAACAAUUGAAUCCCGUGAAUGAGGAGGAGAAUGAAGGCUCAUACGACCUCGUUGCUCCGUACGAGGGGGAUGUGGCCCCACUCCACACUCUCGAACGCCAGGCCGACACGAUGUUCUCCUCUGAGCAUAUGUUGGCGAUCCUCAGCAAUCCGCGCUACUUGGCCCAAUUCCGCGAAUUCCUGGUCGCUGAGCGGCCGAGAUCACUGCCGACCCUGGCAUACUAUUUGAAUGCCUGCAAGGCACUAAAAGCAAUUCAGUACGCCAAUGCAUUAGUGCGGCUUGCGGUAGAUGUACCAAUUGCCGGCAUCGAGACGGCCAAGGAACCUGUAGGACCCACCACAAAUUCCGCGCUUGAAGCUCGCGUGCAGCACGCACUGGAUGCUCUCACAGCGGAGGAGUUGCCUGCAUUUAUCACAUCAAAUUGCAUCAAAAUCACUGGCAAAGUUGUGGAGGAGCGCAUACGAGGAACGCUCCCGGACAAGUUCCAAGGCACAGCCGAUGCGCUGGCAGAGGUAUUUUGCUUGACAGAUCCCUCUCGACCGGAUAAUCCUAUCAUCUUUGCGUCUGGGGAAUUUCACCGCGCUACACAGUACGGCAUGGACUACGUGCUUGGACGAAACUGUCGCUUUUUGCAAGGUCCCAAGACCAACCCAAACAGUGUACGACGCAUUCGAGAGAGCAUUGCAGAGGGUCGGCACCACUCAGAGAUAUUCCUCAACUAUCGCCGUGAUGGCUCGCCCUUCAUGAACCUUCUUCAAUGUGCCCCACUUUGCGACAGUCAAGGCAAGAUCCGAUACUUCAUCGGUGCCCAGAUUGAUGUAUCUGGCUUGGCAUUGGAAGGAGCGGAGAUGGAGUCUUUACAGAACCUUACCGCAGAGGCAGAGGCUCCUGAUAACGAAUCCGUUCAGAAACCUCUGCCCAAAAAGACCGAAUUUCAAGAACUAGGGGAGCUGUUUAGUACUCGCGAGUUGCAAAACGUGUAUGAUUAUGGCGGCAACUUGUUUCAUCCAGUUGUGGACAAAUUGAACUCGACAAACAGUCGCCUGUGGCUACAAAGCCCCGAGCACGAGGGUGAACUCCGAUUAAAUGGAGUCCAGUCACCUGGCCCUACCCCUGGCGGGUCUUUGGCAGGUGUUUACAAACAUUACCUUCUCGUUCGCCCUUACCCAUCGCUCCGAAUCCUCUUCACAUCACCCUCGCUGCAGAUUCCGGGCAUACUGCAAUCUUCAUUCUUAUCGCGCAUUGGUGACUCAAACGAAAAGCGUGAGAGUAUCCUACGGGCCAUGAUGGCUGGCCGAAGUGUCACGGCGCGAAUCAAGUGGGUGAAUCGCUUUAAGGAUCGGGGUCGCCAUCGUUGGAUUCAUUGCACGCCCUUGCUGGCCAAUAAUCGUGAGGUCGGUGUUUGGAUGGUGGUGGUGAUCGAUGACCAAGAGGAGGACCUUGUCCGAUGGAAAGGCAAUUGGCCGAGUGCUUAA